GUUUGACCUUCAAGCUUAACACCUCUGAGCAUUAUGAACAACGCAGUUAAUGAACGAGUGUUUCAGUGGCUGACUGAAGUAAGGGUUCUGGAUGGAGGAUUUGGAACCGAAUGUCAAAGAAGAUCAAAUCUGCAAAUUGAUGGGCAUAUGGCUUGGAGCUCCAGGUUACUGAAGGAAGAUCCGGAACUUGUCGUUGAGAUACACAAGUCUUUUCUUCGUGCGGUUGUGAUGUGAUUUCUACAAACACUUAUCAGGCGUCGCCCACAACAUUGGAUAAAGCACUUGGAAUAACGCAAGAAGAAGCAGAAAAUCUAAUGCGUACCGCUGUAUGUUUGGCAAGAAGAGCUUGUAAAGAAGAGAAUAAUUUAGAUAAUCAGAUUGAAUUCCAUAGGAAAUUGCCUAUUCUGAUUGCUGGAUCUUUGGGUCCUUAUGGAGCUUGCAUUGCUGAUGGGUCAGAGUAUACUGGAUCUUAUUCAUCGGCAGUAACAUUCAAUGAGCUAGUUAAAUUUCAUUAUUCAAGAGCACAUAUUUUGCUACAAUCUGGAGUAGAUUUUAUAGCGUGGGAGACUGUGCCACUUUUAAUUGAAGUUUCAGCAAUAUGCGAAGUUAUGCGUAGACUAUCAUCAGCCUACUGCUGGAUUUCUGUCUCUUCAUCAGAUGGUAAGACAACAUCAGGUGGGGAUCUUCUGUCAUCUGUUGCGCAUGAAGUACAGAAGUGUGAACAGGUUUUCGGUAUUGGGGUCAAUUGUAACAUACCACAUAAUCUUAUUGGUGAAGCACUUGAAAACUUAACAUUUAAAAAUUCAACAGAAUGUAAAACUACCUCAAGAAAAUUAUUGUUAUUUUAUGCGAAUGAUGGUCGUUUAUGGAUGCCAAAUGAUCUUAUAGGACAACCAGCAUGUCACGCACAAAAUGGCGGUGAAAGCUGGCUUCAAAGUACUAUGCGAUGGGCUAAACGUCGAGAAAUCCAAGAUACUGAUCACCCGCAGCAACUGACAGAUAGUUAUAAUCAUCCUUUAGCUCACUGGGUUGGAGGUUGUUGCAACGUUGGACCUGAUCACAUAAAACGACUUGCAAAAUGGAUGAAGCCUGAUGAAUUUAUUGUUUGCUAA